GAGAUGGAAAGUAGGAAAUAUUUGGUGCCAGUGCCAGUGGCAAUGCGAGUAACUGAUGAUGACGAGGAAGAGCAGAGUGAAGAGUCAUUUGCUCAACCUUCGAUUUUUCCUUUUUCGUAGAUUCCCAUUAACGAAGGCCGUUUUCCGUUUUCUUUUCCUUAUUUCCGCCUUUUCUGCUCUAUUCUAUCUCCUAUGUAAGACCUCGAUCCCUUCCUGGCUCAUCCUCACUGAAAUCGUUCUCCAGCAUCCCGUACUUCGUUCCCGCCGUCGUUUGUAUUCAACGAUGGUGGCCGGUUCCAGGCCAAGGACCGAGAUUUCGCUUGCUGGGACCUUCGCUAGCAGCGCUUUCGCCGCUUGUUUUGCCGAGCUUUGUACUAUUCCUUUGGACACUGCUAAAGUUAGGCUGCAGAUCCAAAAAAAGGCAGCUUCUGGAGCUGGAGUGGUUUCACCUAAAUACAGGGGCAUGUUGGGUACCGUUGCUACCAUUGCUAGGGAAGAAGGUGCAGCAGCACUCUGGAAAGGCAUUAUACCAGGAUUACAUCGCCAGUGCCUGUAUGGAGGUUUAAGAAUUGGAUUAUAUGAACCGGUCAAGACCUUCUAUGUUGGUAAUGAUUUUGUUGGGGAUGUACCUUUAUCCAAGAAAAUCCUUGCUGCACUUACGACUGGUGCUCUAGCUAUUACAGUGGCUAAUCCAACUGAUCUUGUUAAAGUUCGACUCCAAGCGGAAGGAAAGUUGUCACCCGGGGUGCCAAGGCGUUAUUUUGGGGCAUUGAAUGCUUAUUCGACAAUAAUCAGACAAGAAGGACUAGGGGCUCUUUGGACUGGGCUUGGGCCUAAUAUAGCACGAAAUGCUAUCAUAAAUGCUGCUGAACUGGCCAGCUACGACCAAGUGAAACAGACAAUUUUGAACAUUCCAGGAUUCACAGAUAAUGUUUUUACUCAUCUUCUAGCCGGUUUGGGGGCCGGAUUUUUUGCAGUGUGCAUUGGUUCUCCAGUUGAUGUGGUGAAGUCAAGAAUGAUGGGAGAUUCAACCUACAAAAGCACACUUGAUUGUUUCAUCAAGACAUUGAAAAAUGAUGGGCCUCUUGCUUUUUAUAAGGGGUUCAUUCCAAAUUUUGGUCGACUGGGAUCUUGGAAUGUGAUCAUGUUUCUAACUCUAGAGCAGACUAAAAAAAGAUUCAUGAGGGAAGUAUAGAAGAAGCUUUAAAGUAUCAGUGGGUAGGUGUUGCUCUUAGAACAAUUGGAACUUGCUGGAGUGAAAUAAGGCUCCUUUUUUAUUGUUAUCGGUUCUUAAUUGGUAAAAUGUCCUUAUGGAACAAUUGUAGUAAUUUUUACACAAACUUGAUUUGUUUGAGGAAUCAUCUCAUUUUCCCUGUACUUUUUUCUUGGGACUUUUAGACAGGCUUUUUGCCACUGAAUUUGAUCGAUUAUCAGGUUAUACAUGUAACAACCCUGGUUACAUUGGCAAGCAAUAGGCCAUACACUGAAAAAUGUUGAGGCAUAGAGCAUGUGAUAUGCAGCUGCAAGCAAAGGAUAAUGGCCAUUAUGCAGAUAAACUGUAUGAAGCCAACCUGCUCAAACUGUAAUAAGGAUUUGGUUGUCA